AUGAAAUUAAUAUCACUCCUAAUACUUCUCUUUGCUUCAUUGGUGUCUUGUCUGUCACCAACAGGAGGAUAUGCACCUGGGAUAGUUCAAUGUCCUCUUGUCAAUUCAAGUUUUGUAAGAGAAGCUAAUUCCAUAUCCCAACAAGAACAAGAUUGGUUAGUUGGUAGACAAGCCAAAACCAAACAAGCUUUAAUCAGUUUUUUAGAUUCAGCAAAUUUAACAAGUGAUGCUUCUAGUUUGUUUACUGAUGAUAAUUCAACUGGGGUUAAUAUUGGAUUGGCAUUUUCCGGUGGAAGUUAUAGAGCCAUGUUAAGUAAUGCUGGGAAUUUAAUGGCUCUUGAUGAUAGAACUACUUUUUCAGAUGAUAAUAUUGGAUCUUUAGGUGGUAUUUUACAAAGUUCUAAUUAUAUAUCUGCAUUAUCAGGAGGAGCAUGGAUGCUUGGUUCCCUUGUAAUGCAAGAUUUUGCAUCUGUUCAAGAUAUUUUAUUUGAAAAUUCAGAAACAGUAUGGAAUAUAACCAGUACAAGACAAUUGGUUAAUAUGAAUGGUUUAUGGACGAUUAUAUUCCCUGUUUUAUUUGAUAAUUUAAAUGGAGCAUUAACUCAUUUAAAUUUCUGGAGUGGUCCAACUGGAAUUGGAAAUGAUAUUGCCAGUAAACAAGCUGCUGGUUUCGAAACUACAUUGACUGAUUCUUGGGCAAGAGCUCUUGCUCAUCAAUUGGUACCUGAAGGGAAUGAUAAUUUCCAAGCUGGUGCAACUUGGAGUGAUAUUCGUAAUAUGACAGUUUUCACUGAUUAUGAUAUGCCAUUCCCAUUAGUGGUUGCAUUAGGUAGAAAACCAGGUUCAACCGUGUAUAAUUUGAAUUCAACCACUAUUGAAAUGAAUCCAUUUGAAAUGGGAUCAUUUGAUCCUUCAUUAAAUUCAUUUGUUGAUAUUGAAUAUAUUGGAACUAAUAUGACCAAUGGAUUUCCCACCAGUUUAAAUAAAUGUGUUAAAGGAUUUGAUAAUGCUGGAUAUAUUAUUGGGACUUCAUCAUCAUUAUUUAAUGAAUUCCUUAAUACUUUAGUAUGUGAUGAUUGUAAUUCAUUAAAUGUCGUUGUGAAAUGGUUAAUUAAGAAAUUUUUAACUUAUUUAUCAAGUGAUUAUUAUGAUGUUGCAAAUUAUAAACCAAAUCCAUUUUAUCAAUCUGAAUAUGCUGGUUCAACUGAUUUAGCCAAUGAUGAUACACUUUAUUUAAUUGAUGGUGGAUUAGCCGGUGAAAUCAUGCCGAUGUCUAAUUUAAUGACCAAGGAAAGAGAACUUGAUGUGGUAUUUGCCUUUGAUCAAUCUAAUGAUGAUGGAGUUAAUUGGCCUAAUGGUUCAGGUAUAAUAUCAACUUAUGAAAAACAAUUCUCAGAACAAGGUUCUUCAACUCUUUGUCCAUAUGUUCCUGAUCAACAAACUUUCCUUGCUCUUAAUCUUACUGCUAGACCAGUCUUCUUUGGUUGUAAUGCUAGUAAUUUAACUGCUUUAGUUAAAGAUGGAGUAACCCCUCCAGUAAUGAUUUAUGUCCCUAAUAGACCAUAUGAAUUCUAUUCAAAUACGUCAACUUUUCAAUUAACUUAUACUGAUGAACAAAAGAAGGGUAUGAUUCAAAAUGGAUUUGAUGUUGCUACCAGAUUGAAUGGUACCGCUGAUGCAAGUUGGAAAACUUGUGUUGCAUGUGCAUUGAUUAGAAGAGAAGAAGAAAGAAGAGGGAUUGAACAAUCUCCUCAAUGUCAAGAAUGUUUCCAAAACUAUUGUUGGGAUGGAAGUUUAGCUAAUGUUGAAACUCCAUAUUAUCCUCCGGUUAAUUUCACUAAUAGUGGAUUAACUAAUGGAACUACUGAAUUUUAUGGACCACCACCAGGACCAAGUACAAGUACUUCACUUUUAUCACUUAUAUUUAAAAGAGAAGAUGUAGAGAUUAAAGAAACUAGUGGAAGUAGUUCACUUUUAAAUAAUUUACCAAGAUUUGAUAUGAAGAUUUUCAUUUGUGCAGCAUUAAUGUUUGCUUUGAUAUAG